ACAAUGGUCAUUUUGCCGCGAAUAGCUGUGUAAGUUUGUUUGGCCGGCGUUUCAAUAACUCAUUCAAACUGGGUAACUGCAUGGAAUCCGAGGGUGUCGUCCCUCUAAAUAAUAGUGUUUUUGAUCCAAAAAUGGCCAAUCACACAAUAGAUAUCUACUUUUUUUCACUUAGUCCCCCCUCAAGGGCAACAUUAAUGCUUAUAAGAGCUUUAGGUUUAAAGCACAACGUAAAGAUUGUAGAUAUAACUCAAAAGGAGCAAUUCAAACCAGAAUUUCUUAAGAUAAAUCCAAUGCACACAGUACCAACGAUGGACGACCACGGAUUUAUACUGUGGGAGAGCCAUGUGAUCAUGAAGUACUUGUCAAACCAAUACGCGAAAGAUGACAGUUUGUACCCACAAGAUGCCAAAAAAGCAGCUGUGGUUGACCAAAGGUUGUACUUCACUGCUGGAACAUUAUUUCCAAGAUUAGGCGACUUCUGUGGUCCUGUAUUAUUUGCGGGACAACAACCUCAAGAAGACAAAAGAGAAAAAGUUGAUGAGGCACUUAAGACUUUGGACAUGUUUUUGAUAAAUCAAACAUGGCUGGCGGGACAGUAUUUAACCAUUGCAGACUUUUCAGUUAUUGCCAUCGUAUCAACGGCCGAGGCAACUGGGCAAUUUAACAUUCAGAAAUAUGAUAAUUUAUGGGCCUGGUAUCAACGGGCUCAAAAUGCAAUGGCAGGAUUCGGUUAUGAAGAUAUAAAUCAAGUGGGAGCGAACGCAUUUGGAAAUGCAUUCAAGAGCAGAUUGAAUUCAUAAAAUUGUUUCAUUUCAGCCAUUUAUUUAUUACGUAUUCGUUUUAUUGCUUUCAAUUAAUUACAACAAUAGAUCGAGGCCGAAAUAUCACUUUAUAGAUGUUUAUUAAUCAAAACUAGAUGAGUAUUUAUUUUUAUUAUCACCCGAUUUGCAUUAAAAUAUUUAAUAUU